GUUUCGCGGCAAGCAACUGGACAACCAGGCCCGGUCCGGUUUCACGGCGUCGCACUACGGCUCCGUCGAAACCCGCGUCUACCAGCGCCGCGAAGGACUGCUUCACGUUUCCAUCGGUUUCCACUCUGGGGCGACUCCGACCUUCUUAUCUACGUCGCGGCCGUUAUUUCCGUGCCGGUUGUGGACCGACUAGUAUGGUGGAGGCGCGUCCGGUACACCGCCGUCGCGUUCAGGACGUCGUUGAUCUUCGUACGGCUCUCAAGAGGCGUCCAACCGGUUCAAGAUCCAACAGCAUGUGAGAGUGCUUCGUGUUGGGACAGUAUGACGAGGACUUGGCGUUCCGUACACUUUGUACGCGACAACGGAACAUUUUCAAACAAAGUCUGGGACUACUUAUAGAAGAUUGUUUGUUUCGCAGAUGAGUAUAUCAGAUCUGCUCAAAGUAGUUUGUGGUGCAACACUGUCAAAAAGCCUAUGGACAAGGACAAACCGAAGAUGAAAGUGGGAUGGAGUAUAGAUAUUACUUGUGAGCGGUCCGCAAGACCGCCCGUCGGAAUGAAGUCGAGUGAGAUUACAGUUUAGUCAAUUAAGCAACUCGCGAGAGGUUAAAGUGGUCGUCGGAAGUGAGAUACCACGGAAAAAAUUGAUUGAGCCACAGGCUUGUCCUGGAUCGUUACGUUACAGGCUCGCUACUUAAUCAUGUACGUAAAGAAGAAAUAAGGAAGUUCUAAUAAGUGAUUAACCUACAAAUCUGAAGAUGACAUCAUUCAUCACUACUGACGGAAUGUUUCCGUAAGAUAAAUCGUGUAAAAUGACAUUAGAUAUAAAGAAAAGGUCACAGUAGGUUUAAGAAGACUCACUAGGGAGAGGAAGACAUCAUGGAAACACAGUCUACAAAAGUUCCAUUGUGAUCGCAUUGAGAAAACUCAAUUUAUCACUGUGCGAGGUAGGUGUUUUCUGAGAAAAAGAUGUCGAGUACGCUUCCGGAGGCGCCGAUGGGUUUGGACUCGUCGGAUCCGGAGGCCAGGUCAAACCACCUGAUCUCGCAGCCGGAUCAGGACUCGGAAGAUGCGGAUCAGACGCGAGUGGACAGCAACAACGCAGACAGCGACUGCGAGAGCGACACGAGCGAGGUGCUGAGUGUUGGUAGCGAACCAACACCAACCAGCGUAGCUGGAGUACGGGUGUGCGGCUCCAUGAGGUACGAGCAGGAGUCUGCCAGCAGCCGGGGCGACUUCCGCGAUGAAGAGAACACGAGGACAUCGGCGACGCCGUCACCGUCUAGCUCCACUAGCUGCAACGACCUGUAUUAUCAACGCGCGUCCAGCAACCACGUUCAAGCACCGAGUCCACCCGGCUACAGCCAACCACCAUCAUCCCCUACAGCGUCUUCCGUCAGAUCACCAGCUUCCUCCUCAGCUACCGCAUCGUCGCCAGGUCGACCGGAUGCUAUCCAAGAGGCUAUCGUACCCAGGUACCAGUCCAGUCACCAGCAACACCUUCUUUCACGGUACUCCACUAGGGAACCCGAGAUACCCGACUAUCCAGCACGGAUCCAGCACGGUCUAGGCCACGAAAUCGUUUAUCCCACCGUGGAGAGGUUACACCGUACUCCGAUAAGCGUUCCUCUAGUAACCAGACUCUCGUUGUCCCCGCCGUCGGCUAUGACGGUCGCCGGACUUCAGGCGACGACGCCCGUUCUCCACUCGGCUGCAUGUCGGGACCCGCGGGACACUACCUCGUUGAUACCGCAUCACAGCCAGCAUCUGCAUCACGCGAACGCCCACGCGCAUCUGCAUCAGGGCUCGCAGGUGCAGCACGUGCCGGCGAAUCCCGUGCACCAGCAUCGGCUCUCGGUCAGCAAGCUCCUGCAACGGGAUCCCCCUAGCAGUCCGGCGUCGCCCGGCGCCCGAGAGGAGAACGGCCGCACCUUGCCGGCCGCGAAUGGCGUGCAGAACACCAUCAGCACCGGCAGCAACGGCAACCACCACCACCAUCACCAUCAUAACAACCACAACAACAACAACAACAAUAACAACAACAAUCUGCAACAUCAGGCGGGCCUGAAAUUCAGUAUAGACAAUAUCCUGAAGGCGGACUUUGGCAGGCGGAUCACGGAUCCCAUUUCCCUGAAGAAGUCCCGGCCUAAGAAGGUGGCUGGCUCGAGACCGAUCGACCUGACGAAAGACUUUCUCGAGUCGUCCUCCGACACCUCCGAGAGGAGCAGCUCGGAGACGACAACCACCACCACCAACGCUUCGCCAACCAGCGUUUCAGCUAGCAAUCUAACGUCCAACUCGACCGGAACAGGUGGAACUGAUCCUUCGAAGUUGAUGUGGCCAGCGUGGGUCUACUGCACCAGAUACUCGGACAGGCCAUCCUCGGGACGAAAACUGUCCGGUGUUUCAGGUCCGCGCACGAGGAGGGUGAAGAGGACGGACGUUCGCGGUGGCGGCACCCCGGAGGAGAAACGUCCCAGGACGGCGUUCAGUGGCGAGCAGUUGGCGAGACUAAAGAAGGAAUUCGCGGAGAACCGAUACCUGACGGAAAAGCGGCGGCAGCAGCUCUCGAGGGACCUGGGUCUGAACGAGGCGCAGAUCAAGAUCUGGUUCCAGAACAAGCGGGCGAAAAUCAAGAAGGCCAGCGGCCAGAAGAAUCCGCUGGCGCUUCAGCUGAUGGCGCAGGGCCUCUACAAUCACUCGACGGUGCCGCUCAGUAAGGAGGAAGAGGAACAGGCCGCGGAGCUUCAAGCGAAAUGACCAUUUUAAAUUGGAACGUUCGACAAUUUUGACGUAAAAGACUUCACGUCUGAUCCCAAAGAUGCUGUAAACGAAAAUUAUUAAAUCACGUGUAUUCGAGUUUAUAUUUUUCACACAAGAGGAAAAUCGAAAAAUAAGGUCUGGAAGUGUCAAAGAUUAAUUAGCGUAUACAAUUUUCUCAGCAUGAUCAGCAAAGUUUUGAUGACAUAGAGAUGUGUCACAAGGUAAUCUUUUCAAAGGCCAAUAAUUAUUUUUCCUGGAAAGAAGUGUGGACAUUACUUGUCGAAAAGUAUUUCUCUUCUUUCGCUAAUGUCCAGGUUUUGCAAACUAAAUCGUAACUAACCAAAGCGGUGCAAACCUUCAUGUUAUUUAAGAAGAAGAGAAAGCAAGAAAUGUAUGAUACAUCGUAUUGAAAAGACACACACUUGGCCAAAAGAACUAAUGAAAAGAAGCUAGUGAAAGAAGCUUUCGCAAAGCGAGCCAGAGCGAACGAUCUGCCAUUUCCCUUCCUUUUCAAAUGAAAGACUGGCGUAUUUAUUGAUUUUGCUAGACGUACUAGUUAGGCAGCAGAAUCAGCUCGAGGAACACCCUUGUUUCAAUUAGAGCUUCCGAUAGAACGACGUUUGGCGCACGCCCUCGUUCGACACAAUUGCGAGAAGGAAAUUAGUUACCGAGAUGGCCAUCGCGAGUAAGCCACCAUUUUUUCGAAAGAUGUUGAAAAGAAAUCAAAACUUACGCGGCAUUACGCAUAUUUUAAUCAAAUCUUGUGCGAGAACAGCAAUCAGCAAUACAAAGCGUCUCACAAAAUUGGCGAAUCUUUCGGAUUCUACUCUGCAAUUCAUAGAAAAAAGAACAGUUAAUUAUAAUCGUUAAUAAUAACGAUAUUAUUGCGGAAAAAAGUUAAUCUUUUUAAACAAAAAUAUUAACAUUAUUGCGCAAUUUUCCUUCGCAGAAUUUGAUCCAGUCUGACGUAAAAGUAAAAUGUGUUUGACUUGCGGUGGCAGUUAAUUUGUCACGAAGGGGAUUAACAAGUGCCAUUUCUCUUGCAAUUUUUCCGGCGGUAUUGUUAUUAAUAUUGUUUUUACCUGAAAACCUAUAGAGUCGCCUCGCGAUGAGGAGAGAUCGAUCGAGCAAGUGAGGGGAGGAAAGAGAGGAGCCUAGAGGUUUUUCGUUAAUUUAUUGUAAAAAAUGUAAGAUAUUAUAUAUCGCGUGAAGAGAGAGAGAGAGAGGAAGAGAGAAACCGGAGUGUGAUUGCGACGUGCAAUAGAAUAUUAUACAUAUAGAGAAAAGAAGGAUAAAUAGAGGCGAGUUAUGUAUAGGUGUGUUGUAUAUGUAAUCGGGGCGCAGAGCGAGAGACGUGUACAUAAUUUACCAUUUAGCGGCGGCAUUGUGGCCCCGAUAGACUGUUUAAAAUGUAACUUAGUUAUUUAUUUAUGUAUGGUAUAUGCAGCGUAGCGAGCGCAUACGAAAACGAAUCAACGCGACAACUCUCUCUGAUACUUGUAAGAUUAUUUAAAUUCGAAUUAAAUACUCCUAUUAUCAAGCCAG